AUGACCGAAAAAUUCGACGGUUUCGAAUACAGUACAAAGGAUGUGAUAGGUCAUGGCGCGUUUGCAAUCGUUUAUAAGGGGAAGUAUUCAGAUAGACCAGAUGUUCCGGUGGCGAUCAAAGCGAUUGCAAAAAAGAAUAUCGCGAAAUCAAAGAAUCUGCUCACAAAGGAGAUAAAAAUAUUAAAGACUUUGAGCGGUCUGCAACACACAAAUCUCGUAGCUUUGCUGAAAUGUACAGAAACAGCGACACAUGUCUACCUUGUGAUGGAAUUUUGCAAUGGAGGCGACUUAGCUGAUUACCUCAGUCAAAAAACCACUCUACAAGAAGAUACUAUCCAUCAUUUUGUUGUUCAGAUAGCUCGAGCAUUGGAAGCAAUUAACAAGGAAGGCAUUGUUCAUCGUGAUCUCAAACCGCAGAAUAUUUUACUAUGCAAUCCUACACGCCAAUCAAAUCCACCAGCUAGCGAGCUGAUUAUCAAAUUAGCUGAUUUUGGAUUCGCCCGGUUUCUUUCUGAAGGAGUCAUGGCGGCGACAUUAUGUGGAUCUCCUAUGUACAUGGCUCCUGAGGUCAUCAUGUCACUUCAAUAUGACGCCAAAGCUGAUCUUUGGUCUAUUGGUACGAUACUUUUCCAGUGUUUGACGGGAAAAGCACCGUUUCAGGCUCAAAACCCUCCGCAGCUGAAAGCAUAUUAUGAGAAGAAUCGGGAGCUGAAGCCUAAUAUUCCCGACUACUGCUCACCAGCAUUGAGAGAUCUCCUUCUUCGGCUAUUGAAAAGGAACGCAAAAGAUCGUAUAACGUUCGAGGAUUUUUUCAAUCAUCCAUUCCUCCAUCAACCGCCGGUCACGAGUCCUUCCAAGCGGAUUCUUGACGCUGCUUCGCCGAUGGUUGUUCGCCGUAUGAUUCAAUCGCCAUCCUCAUCAGCAUCACCACUACCAGCUCGUGGUUCAGCGUCACGCCUUGAAAGCCCGCAGCCAACACGACGAACGGUGAAGGUGCCUGAAUCACCAGCAGUGCGCCGCAUAACUCAGACCAUGAACGAUAGUAAUGAUUUCACUUUUCUACCGCCACUUCCUGGUCAUCAGCAACCGUCAUCGGUUGCUCGGCAUGAGCAUAGUCCAGUGAAACAGGUGCAAGUGCAUACGUCCUCGUCUCAAAUGCCGACGGCUCCAGUGAAAGCUGUUCCGGUUCCAAGUCAACGAAAUGCUUUCACAAAGAUCGAGGAACGGCGACUAGGAAUCAAAGAUGGUGAAAAUGAGUCUUGCUCAGCGAUUCCUUCGCCGUCAGUACGGGGAGUGUCUUCGCUUAAGCGAACGACGUCAGGUCAAACUGGUGAAUCGCCGCCAUCAAUUCCAACUGUUGAAAGUAUGACGCUGCCAUCAACUCAGUUUAUCGUACGAGGAGCGGCGGCUCGCAGAUCGAUGGCUGAACGGAACCGUCAACGGAAACUCACUGAGGAAUCGUCUCCUGCUCCCGCGCCAGAGAAAGCUCUGGAAAGUGCACAAUCAGAAGCCAAACCACAAACGGAAGUCGUGGAGUUGAGUCGACCGGAUGCGUUGGAAACGAAUAGCGCCCAGCUCGACAACGCUAAGUUUUUGUCUGCCUCACCUCCUGAAACUCGUGCCGAUCAAGCUGUGCCGUCUCAGUUGGAUAUAAGUGAUGACGAAGACGACACAAUGCAUCAUUCUCUCAAAUUGCCAUUCGGAGGAACAGAUCAUGGAGAAUCUCUCAAAUCGGAGGCGAUGGAAAGUUGCCUUUCUGGUGAAGAGGGAAGUGAGCUGUCAAUGGAUGUAGCAGAUCCUUCCGAUUCGUUGUCGUCACCACAUCAUCCUUCCGGUUCCAAUGCUCCACCGGCGCUCGGAAGUCUACCGCGUGCCCCCUCGUUAUUUGAGCAUCGUGCAGAAGAAGAUGACGGUGACGACGCGUCACCAGGAAACCUUGAGCAGGAAACUGUCAUGGAAGAAGAGCAUAAACAGAUCUUGGCCAAGUUACGGUUCGUUGUGGAAUUGGUGGACACCUUAGUACAAGUGGCUGAACAGAAGGAAAAUCCGUUGGUUGCAGCAAUGACCAACAGAAAAGCCGAGCCAUCGUCUGCGUUCAGACGUGCAGAGCAACUGGUCGUUUAUGUACGAGCAUUGCAUAUGUUAUCGUCUGCGUUGUUGCUGGCUCAACGCAAUGUUGCCAGUCGAGUACUCCAUCCCUCGCCAGCAGUUCAGAAUGUUCUGAACGUUCUCAACGACAAAUAUCACCAGUGUUUGGUGAGGUCCCAGGAGUUGGCGUCACUCGGUUUGCCCGGACAAGAUCCGGCAAUGGCAGUUAUUUCAGCAGAGCGAAUCAUGUACAAACACGCUAUUGAGCUCUGUCAGACGGCAGCAUUGGAUGAGUUAUUCGGAAACCCACAACUGUGUAGUCAAAGGUAUCAAACGGCUUAUAUGAUGUUGCAUACGUUGUCAGAACAAGUCCAUAGUGAUCAGGAUCGUAACGUGCUGUCUCGUUACAAGAACGCUGUCGAGAAAAGACUUCGCAUUCUUGAACGGCAAGGUUUUGUGACUGCUGUUAAUACUUGCUAA